UUUGUUUCUUUCCAGAGAGUAUGACUUGAGACAUCACAGAAAUCUCGUAUCAUCCAUCUUUGAAUGGUGCUGAGCUUUUGACUUCGUGCUUAGUUGAAGUAUUUUGACGUGCCCCAAUAAUCUAGAAGCAUGUCUUCUGCUGAGGAUAUUUCUCCCCGACAGUUCCAGACGGACAUCAUUCAGUUUGCAAAGCAUCGAAAUACCAUUGUUUACUUGGAAACUGGCUCUGGGAAAACUCAUAUUGCUUUCAUGCUGAUGAAAGAGAAGGUGCACCAAAUUCUUGGAUCAUGGAAGAAUGGAGCAAAAAGAAGCGUUUUUUUGGCCAACUCGGUUUAUCUUGUGGAUCAGCAACGAACUUACAUAGAAAAACAUAUGCCCCCCGAAGUAACUGUGGGUGCCUUCGUUGGAUCUCGUGGAGUGGAUUUUUGGGUCAAGAGCAAUUGGGAUGAGCAAAUGGAACAGAAUCACAUUCUAGUGUUCACUGCCAUGGUCUUCCGCAAUGCACUGGCCCACAAGAUGGUCAAGGCUGAAGACUUCAACGUGAUCGUUGUUGAUGAAUGUCACCGUGCUGUUGAUUCUCAUCCUUACCGUGAAAUCAUGGGCUUGAUUUUCGAAUCAACCAUUAUUGCAAAACGUCCCUUGAUUUUGGGCCUAACUGCGUGUGUCCUAAAUGACAAAGCCACGGCCGUGAAGAACAGAGAGAAUUUACGGAAGCUGGAAAAAACCUUUCGUGCCGCAGUAGUUGGACCUCGUGAAGCUCCCGAAAGCUUUCUGUAUGCGACGUCAGCUCGUGAGGUUCUCCUGGUUUACAAAGGUGAGAGCUUAAGCAAAUAUUCGUUCCUGGGGAAGAUCGACGAUGCCGCCAGGAUUGCCAGCGCAAUGAACGAGGAGUUCAAGUUAUCUCUGAAAAGCAUUCGACUGCCGAAUAUCGCAGAAGAACCGAUAUUAGCUGAGAAGAAUGUAUUCAGCGAUCUCAAGCGUAGUAUGGCGGAAUGGAAAAUUAUUUGUGCUGACCUUGGGUUUGUUGGAGCUAAAAUAUAUGGCGAUCAUGUCAUUGGGGGGGAGUUGGCAGCUGCUAAGAAGGGAUCGAGCGUCAAAUAUAAAACCUUCUUCGAUCAAUUCGACGUAUUGUUCUCUUCGAUUUGCGGAGAAAUCGACGAGUCGCUGAUGGGAAUGGGAGACGAGAGAGCUCAGUUUCAAUUUGGAUCUUCGAAAAAAUUUCAAAGGCUCGUGGAACUCCUGAAAGCAUUAGGUCCGAGGCAGCUUUUCAUGAGUGAAGCGCGUCGCGAGUUGUAUAAGGACGCAUACGCAGACGUGCGGGGCAUUGUAUUCGUGAAGCGGAGAGCUUUGUGCGAGGUUUUGCAGAUGAUGCUGGCAAAUCCAGCUGUGGAUGGGCUCAAGCAUUUACGAUCUGCAAAGAUUGUUGGAGUGAACGCUCCAGCCUCAGUUUUCAAAAAUAAGAACAACGUAGGCAACACAGUGUUGUCGAUUGAGGAACAAAGGCGAUUGGACGAAGCUUAUCGUGUUUGGCAAGAAGACUGUAAAAAAUGCGACAAAGUUCUUUCGAAGUUUCGAACUGGAAAGCUGAACCUUUUGGUGGCCACUGAUGUGCUGGAAGAAGGCAUCGACGUCCCGUGUUGCAAUCUGAUUGUUCGUUAUGAUUCCGCUGAAUCAUUCCGAGCAUAUGUGCAAUCACGUGGUCGAGCGAGAGCCAAAGAUGCCAUCUAUGUUUUCAUGACGAGUGAAACGGACAAACAAAGCAACUGGCGAACUAUUGAAGGCUACCAUAGCGCCGAAUUCGACCUGGUUGAAAUGUGCGCGGAACGAAGCGUUCCGACGGAAGAAGAAACUAUGCAGAGCUUUUCAGAGGAUUGCUUGCCGUCCUUCAGUCCGUACGGUCCAACUGGCCCGAAGAUUCAUGCCAACUCUGCUUCCGACAUAGUUACGAGAUAUGUUUCACGAUACGGGCCGGGCUACAAGCCUUUCUAUUCGAUGAAUAGCUACGCGAUUGACCCAAACCUCGGCCGACCCGUGUUGACGAAAAAGGGUUAUCACGGUCCGUUGACGUCGAGCAUGCCGCGAAGACCGGAAGAAGUGGACAUGCUUCCGGAAUUCGAAAAUUCUCUGUCGCUUGACUUGGCUUCCGAAGUAUUGAGCAUGCUGCCACCGGAAUUGGUUCGAAUGUACCUUCGGUUCCCUACAGUGACACGGAUUUCUGAAACACACCCCAUUGUAACGGGUGACGUGAAAGGGAAUUUGAAGCUGGCGAAAUUUGACGUUUGCCUGAAGGCGUGCGAAUGUCUCUUCCGAGCUGGCUUUUUGGACAAGAAUUUGAUUCCGCGCAAGCUCGAGACACGCAUUCGAACUGCGGAAGAUGAUCCUGAGGACCCUGACGAUGAAAUGGACGGAAUGACACUGCCCUCAAGUGGAUCUAUGGAUUGCUAUGAGAAUCAACCGAUUGUUCCUCACGUGUUGGCGAGGAGUCUCCGUGGCUCGAGACCGAAGCCUGGUAAUGCCUUGUACCUGUAUCUCGUGAAGAUCCAGACAGAAAAACUGAUGAAAAAUUUCGCCAUCAGCGAAAUCUGGCAACCGGAGACAUCAUCCCUUGUUCUUGGUAUGCUGUCGGGAGUUCCACUUCCUCUGAUCGACGAAUUCACAUUGUAUCCGAAGCAGGCAACCGUGAGAUUGAGCAUUGACUUCCUGAAAAAGGGCAUCUAUCUUGACGAUGAGCAACUGACUAAUCUGGAGCGGUUUUACGCGGAUGUGAUGAUUCGACACGUAAUGGAAUUAGAUGACGUCUUUUAUGACCUUGACUUCAGCCGCCAAACGGAUGGCGUUCUUUUUGUACCUGUCUGGAGAGCCACCUCUGGUGUUGCCCUGGAUUAUGUGGAAGAGAGCCUCAAGUCGCUGAAAACAUGGGAAAAGAUACGUUACAAUCCAAGAGAACCUGAGAUUUUUCUUGACGCGGUCGUUCGUCCAAUGGUGGGCUCUAAACAGUUCCAUGUCGUGCUGAAUGUGCAGGAUGACAUGUCACCGGAUUCGAAGAUCCAUGAUCAAAAUCUUACGUUUCGCAAGUACCUGAAGGACGCGUAUCGAUAUGACGUGCGUUAUGCUGGGCAACCCAUGCUUCGAGUUUCUUUUCAGACGAGGAACUUGGACAUGUUCAAACCGAGGUUUGACGAAAAGACCACAUCAGGUAAAAGGGAAGUAUCAUAUCUUGUUCCGGAGGUAUGCUUUCUUUCGCCGGUGCCCGCGACGCUGUGGCUGCAGUUGUUGCUUAUACCGUCGUUUCAUCGACGACUUAAUUGCAUUUAUAAGGCGAUUGAAUAUCGUCAUGACAUCAACAUCGGAUUUUCUACUUCAGAAUUGGAAUUCGAUAAACCGCCUCCAGUCGAAGAAUCCGGUUUAGUGUCCAUGACGAAGGAAACUGCAUUGCGCCAAACUGUGUCAUAUCCUGCUCCACCUUUAGACGCUGUGCUGGAAGCUCUAACAGCCAAAGCCGCUGGUGAGCUGAUGGAUUUUGAGGGUUACGAAACAGUUGGGGAUGCCGUUUUGAAAUUGUGUUCGUCCGUGCAUUUGUUCUUGGAACGUCCAUCCGAAACGGAGGGUCAACUUACCAGUGCGAAAGUCAAUUUCAUUUCAAACGACGCGUUGCUGAAGGCAAAUAUGGGGAUCACGGCUUAUUGGAAUGCGGCCUCGUUUUUGCCAAGAGAAACUUGGCUGCCGCCGCUGUUCUCCAAGCCAAGCUUUGUGGAGGAGUGCUUUUUGAAAUCAAAUCGAACCAAGAACGAUUGGUUGGAUGCUGAAUUACGGACAUUGGUAAAAACAAAAGGAUUAGCCUCCUUGACCAAAGAGGAUGUAGAAAAAGGGAUGGCCGGAGAAUUGUACACGGGCAAACCCCAUCCAUUGCAGUCAGUGUAUCUGAGCCGUAAGAAAAGCUUUGCUGAUUGUGCUGAAGCAGUUGCUGGAAUGUACUCUGUCUGGAAUGGCCUUAGUUCUGCGUGGAAUUUCUACAAGGAUUCUCUUGGUCUGAAGUUUUGCGCCUUUGAGGAUUUGGCGGGCAAGGUUUCGUCCCCACUGGUCCCACGGCCACAAGAAGAGAUGCCACGACUGCAAUCCUCCUUUGCUGCCGAAAAAGCUGCAUUGAUUAAAAGAGUGGAAACUGUGCAGAAAAGAUUGAAGUACACCUUCAAGGAUCCCAUGUUUCUCGUUCAGGCGCUCACUCAUCCAUCAUAUGCCGUCUCAAAUUCUUGUACCAAGGAUUUUGAUCGUUUGGAAUUUCUUGGUGAUGCCGUCCUGGAUUAUCUGAUUGUUCUGGAGUGCUACCAUAAGAAAGGCGUACGAUCUCCAGAAAUGUUGACGGAUUUGCGUUCGGCGUUGACGAAUAAUGCGACGUUGGCCGCGCUGGCUGUCGAAAAUAAGUUUGACAGAUACAUGCUGGUCUUGGCGGAACCCGUCGUUAACUCAAUCACAAAUUUUGCCGACCUCGUCAGGAGCGAAGAUUGGAAGAAACCUGAAUUUUUACUGAAAACUCACGACGACGGUACAGUUGAGCUUUUAAUCGCUCCAAAAUCUCUGGCUGAUAUGUUCGAGGCUCUCGUGGGUGCUGUGUUCUUGGAUAGUGGUCUUGACUUGAAGAAAGUGUGGGACGUGUUCGGCCCCAUCUUCAGAGAUGUGAUAGAAAUCUACGCUAAGGACGUUCCACUGAAUGCUGUGAAGGUUGUCAUGGAAAAACUGGGAAAGUUCUUACCGGCUCACACUCUGAAUGACGGCCGUUUCGCGGUGGACUGCCAGUUCCGCCUGCGCGGGAAAAACCCGGUCGUGCGUGGUCUGGCUGCCAGUUGCAAGAAUGCUAAAUUAGCAGCUGCCAUGGAAGCUGUGCGUCGAGCAAAGUUGGAAGGAUUCUCUAUGUCUUUGUUUGUGAUUGUGGGAGUAAAAAUCGAGCGAGUUGCGGUGACAAUGAGCAGGAUGGAGGACAGAAUUUGUGUGCUGUGUUGUCGGGAAGCAAAGUUCUUCUCGAUCGGUCCCUGUGAUCAUCCGGUUUGCCUGGAAUGCUCGACCCGUAUGCGAGUUCUUUGUGAGAAAAAAGUUUGCCCGAUUUGUCGCAAAGUUCUCAAGAAGGUGGUUUUCACGAAGAAACUACAAUCGUUCGAUAAGGAGUUCAAAAACAAGAAAUUUGAGCUGUUCGACAAAGAGUACGGGAUUGGGUUUGAAGACGGUCCUUGUUGCGACGCAUAUGAUAAGCUGCUCGAGUUCCGGUGCCUCAUUUGUCCCUCAGAUAAAAGGAAUACAAGUUUCGAGAAUUUCGUCGGAUUGCAACGCCACGUGAAUCGGGAGCAUUCGCGUUUUUUCUGUGAUCUUUGCGUGAAGAAUUUGAAGUUGUUUAACCACGAACUGAGAACUUAUGCGAGAGAGGAAUUGACCCGGCAUCGAACGCAGGGCGACCCAGACGACACUUCGCAUCGUGGCCAUCCGUUAUGCAAAUUUUGCGACGAGAGAUUUUUGGAUAAUGAUGAGUUGUAUCGCCAUGUGCGGCGAGAUCACUAUUUUUGCCAUUUCUGCGAUUCCGAUGAGAGCCGUGGCGGGAAAAGCAUCAUUUUCAAUAAUUAUCAGAAUCUCCGCCAGCAUUUCCUUACGGAUCAUUAUCUCUGCGAAGAAGGAUCUUGCAAGGAGGAGAAAUUCGUCAAUGCGUUUUCAUCUGAGCUCGACUUGAAAGCGCAUAAAAUGAAAGAGCACAUGGGGCAAGCUUCAAAAGCAGUGGCCAAACAAACCCGAACUCUGGAAUUGGAGUUCAGUAUCUCUCGAACCGGGCAAGGUGCACGUGGACCACCCGGUGGUGCUAAUGGUCGGGGUGGUCGAAGACGGAUGAAUGCUAGAAAUGCUGAAGAAGAAGAAGCUCGAUUUAGAGAGGAAUUUGAAGCCUUGGGAGCUGUGGGAGGGCCGCCACCUCACCAAGAGCCUGAAUUCAACGGUCUCGAUACUGAAAACGUGGCGGAUUUUCCGUCCUUGUCCGCCGCCACGGGCGGUGAGCCAGAUCCCGUCCGUCGUGGCCCCAAUCCAGCCCAACUCUUCCGCCGUCAAGGUCCCGAAGCAUCCUAUCUCGGUCGUGUGUCCAAAAACAUGAUGCGAGAGGAGGAUUUCCCGUCGUUGAAUUCUACAGUGCCUAAUAAACCAACGCAGACGAACGUCAAUAUCACCAUCAGCGGUCGCCACGGAGCAGGGGCGACCAAGAAGAGCGGCAACGGGGUGUCGGUCGAAUACAGUAGGAGCGUGACGACGCCGAUCCCAGCGAGUCGUCCGUCGAUGGUUGAAGGUGCCAAGCCGAGGGUCACUCGGAUUUCCAGCUCGCAGAAUAUUCGUCUUGAAAUGCCUACUGGGAUGGAUGCUCCACCUGUCGUCGUGUCGCAAGCGAAUGCGCCGAAAUUGGAAAAACUGCCGAAAAAGUCGGAAGAAGCUGACGGCCAGUGGGUUUCUGUUGUGAAUGCCAAGAAACCCGUUAAACCGCCUCCUUCAGAUGGGAAAUGGAACACAGUGCCGAAUGGAGGCGACGCAUUUCCAUCACUCGGACCUCCUGAGAAACGACUUCCGUCUCAUUCUUUCGCAGCAAAGGCGAAGCAGUCUGCGAAUUCAGGCAGCGCCUGGAGUAAAAAAUCGAACACGCAACCGGAGCCGAAGAAACCCGAAGAAGUUUCCAAGAAGCAGCCAACGUUGGUAUUGUCAAAAACUAGGCCACACGCCUUAGACGAAGCUAUGAUAAGUCAUAAGGCGCCUGACGCUGGUUCCGCUGCUGAUUUCCCCUCGUUGGGCGCCACGUCAUCGCUUGCCAGUGGUGGAAUUGGAGGAGCUCGGCGCUUGCCACCGCCACCGGGAUUCGACACGAAAUCUAAACGCGACGCAAAGGCAUCCAAGACUGUCACUGACGUAACAUUCACGAAUAGCUCUGGGCAGAAAUUCAGUCUGAAUCCGCCGAGGGAGUACCACAAACCACGGGAUUUCGACGCCAGAAGCGACGCGUUGACGACCAAAAUACGAAAGAAGGCUUUGCGAGGCGAUGGUGACCGGCUCAACGACUUCAUGACUCUAUCGUCCGCUUACUUGGCUGGUGCCGUCUCUGCUCGGGAAUAUUAUUCUCGGUGUAUAUUUUAUUUUGGCGAUUGUUUCGCCGAGAUUUUCCCGGAAUUCCUGGCCUUAUUGCCCAACAUUGCUCGUCAAGCGGGGCUUCUGGAAGCUCACGAAGAAGUUGAGGAGCAACGGAUUGCUGUGGAAGAAGACUUUUUUUCUUGUCCGUUGUGUCGACAAGUGUUGCUUGCCCGCGAUUACGAAGGACACGCGGAUUUUCACGGAGAAGAAUUCGAAAGGAUCUACCAAACCCGCGUUGGCUACGCUGGUGGCUCCACGCAGUUCCCAACCUACCGCUCAUUGGGUGACCAUACUGAAACGGUGGAAGUGGUGUAUGAAACGGAAAAGAUGAACUACGAGAAUAUUCUGGAAAUGUUUUGGAAGCACCACAAUCCGCGUGCCAGCAGGACUCGUCAGUAUAUGUCCGCCAUUUUCUAUUACGAUGAUGAGCAGAGGAAGGCUGCGGAAGAGAGCUUGAAGAAAGAAGCUGCAAAGAAGCCCGGCAUUAAAACUCUUAUUUUGCCGGUGGGCACGUUCUACGAAGCCGAAGAUUAUCACCAAAAAUACCUGCUUCAGCAGCAUGCCAACGUUUUGGUAGAUCUUGACAUCGAUCCAGAAUCCAUCGUGCCGUCGCACCUUUGCGCCCGUCUGAACGGAUACCUCAACGGAUUCUCGAAUCUCAAAUCUUUUGAAGCCGAGAAAGCGUCGCUGAAGUUGCCGCCCAAUGUGGAAGCCUACGUGGAAAAAUGCAUUAAGCGCGGUUGUGAACCCGGAUUUUGCUGAGCGCGAACGAAAAGAUAAGGCCUUGAGGAAAAUGUUCGCUUCCUCGAAGUGAGAUCGAGAUAUGUAAGGACGCCAUGGCAGGAAUUUAUGACGUUUCUGGGGUUAAACUCGUUUUCCAGGAGCUGAUGCUCGUUUACGUUCACUGAUGGCGUCUCGAAAGUUUCCUUAUCAUUUCGAGGAAGCGAAAGUUUUCUUUUUUAUUGCGAACUUCGAAAUGUAUCCUUUUUUAUUUUCCUCGAUGCGGGUUCCUGCAUUUCAAAGCUGUUAGUCCAUUUUGCAUCCUGACGAUAUUUCGUUCAAACCCGUUUGUCGUUGACACAAUUGCUUCCGUAAAUGACUUGCAUUUACGUUCAAAUCACUGCUUCGUCGGAAAAUUGCUUGAGACAGACGCAAAUACAGAACACAGUUUUAUUUUAUCGUGAUUGACUAGAAAA